AUGACCCUAAAUUCGCAGACAAUAUCUUAAUCACCUUGCAGUUAUAACUCUGUGGCGUAAGUUGUAGUUUCUGGAAGUGAUAGAUAACUCCUAGAGCAUAAAGACACCUGCUUGACACCAAGAUCGCUAGUUGCUGUUUGGAGAUGCUGCGUUUUCUGAUCUUGCUGGGAGUCGGAGUUUUGCUGGGAAUCCAUAUACUUGGCACUCCGGACUGCAAUGUGUGUGCAUCCAAGAGCAACGUUGCCUGUGUAUCAAAUACUUCGUUUCAAUUUUGUUCGACUAACGAUUUGCCCUUUGGCCCGGUUUACACUUGUCCGACGGGAUAUUAUUGCACGGCGAAUGACAUGAUAUGUAACACAAAUGUUGCCUUAAGAUCCUGCAUUGGUUGUGGUUCUUGCAAUAACAAUAACAGCUUCGCCUGCCUCACCGCCAGGACUUCGUUGUGCUUGGGGACAAGCACUCCUUCGCAGAUCCUGGGAAGCUGUGGAGCGAACUACGUCUGCGAUUACAACAAUCCGAAUAUUUGUGGAAGUCCCUCCGCGGGAUCCCAAGCCACUUGUCCCGGAGACACUACUGAAACCGGACUAGAUUCUACAGGAUUGACACCCACCGCGUACUGUUCACUUGUCCAACAGCGUGGACGAUUUCCCUAUGGCAUCGACCUUAAUACCACGUGUAAGCAGUACAUAUAUUGUUUCCUGAGUGAAACUUACUGGCGGGGAGAUCUCUACUCUUGUCCCGGUCAAACGUAUUACGAUAGCUCAUCGCAUUACUGCGAAGCUGAAGUGCCCGCAAGAUGUACUUAUGGUGUCGCCACUUUGCGCCUCACGAUUCCAUAGAUGUUUUGACAAUUUAACAAAUAAUAUAUCAGAUAGGUUUACUAAACUUAAGUUUGUUAAAAAAUUCUUUGCAAGCAAGACAGCAUAAUACGAUUAGAAUUAUUUCUCAUUAUUCUAAUUAUUCCUCAUAAGUUACAAGUUGAAUUACUACUUGAUU